GAGCAUCUCUAAGCGAUUUUACUUUUCAUUCAUUCACCGAGUGGCUUCUCAUUUUACUUCUUAAUUGCACACAACUACAACAUGAAUCAAUUUGAGGAAAAGGAAGUUAUUCAAGCAAUUCUUAUAGCGGAUAAUAAUGAGUACCAGUUACAACCGUUUUCGGCUGAAAAUUCCACGGCACUGUUACCUUUGGUAAAUGUUCCACUCCUAGAUUACGCAUUGGAUGCUCUCAAUCGCAGCGGCAUCGAAGAAGUGUUCGUCUACUCAAGUUUGCACUUGCAAAGUGUUCGAGAACAUAUUAAAAAUGGCAUUGCAUCAUCCAGCUCUUGGUCAGUAAAUAUGACAGUGCGCGUGAUUGGUGGAGAAGGUUGUAUCUGCUUUGGUGAUGCUAUGCGCGAUUUGGACGCCAAAGCAUUGAUACGUGGAAAUUUCAUAUUACUUGGUGCGGACACAGUGACCAAUGCAGAUCUGCGGCCCAUAUUUGAGCAGCACAAAAAAACUGUUAAAUAUGAUAAAGGCGCUGCAGCUACGUUGAUCUUUAAAGAGGCCGCACCAUGCAAUGUUCGCACAGGUAAUGAAAUAAUGAUUGCUGUUGACCAGCAAAAUAACCGGCUUCAAUAUCACCAGCGCUUGAGUCUGCAUGGAAAAGAGUCCAAUUUUGAGGUGCCACUGGAAGUUUUUCUUCAUAACUCCGAAGUUACACUGUUUCAUAAUAUAAUGGAUCCGCAAAUGGCUAUCGGUUCGCCGUCCAUGUUGUCUUUGUUCAGCGAUAAUUUUGAUUUCGAAACACGCGAUGACUUCGUGCGUGGUGUUCUAAUCAACGAGGAAAUCCUCAAUAAUCGCUUAUAUGCUUCAUUAUUGCCUCGUGGGCAGUAUGCACGUAAAGUAAAUAACUGGCUUACAUACUCCUUGGUUAGCCAGGAUAUUAUGAAUCGCUGGGCGUACCCACUCGUACCCGAUAUGGGCGUAACUUGCGCCACGCAACAAUAUGUUUAUUUAAAGAAUAACAUUUACAAGAGUCCUCGGGCAAUUGUCAAAAAAGCGGCGUUGACGGAAAAUGUUGCCGUGGAAGCGGGUAGCCAUGUGGAAGCAGGCACAACUGUGCGGUGCAGCGUUAUUGGUAAAAACUGCAAAAUAGGCAAAAAUUGUGUGCUUUUAAACGCUUUUGUCAUGGAUGGCGUAAAUGUUGCGGAUGGCUGCCAGCUAAAUUGCUGUGUAGUAGGUUUCGGCACAAAGAUUGAAGCUGGGGUCGUUCUUGCCGAGGGCACAGUAGUGGGCGCAAAAUGUGGUAUACCAUCUGGAAAGAUUCUUAAAGGCGUUGUUGUGAAAAAUGCAGUUCAUGAAUAUGACAGUAUGUUGGAGAAGCUGGGAGAUAACUCAUUCAUCGUAGAUGAUAAGCAAGAUUCAAUAAUUGGGUGUGCAUCCGAUUCCGAAGAUGAUGCACUGCCAGCCGCUGCGAUUGGGAUACCCAAGGUGACAAAAUUACCAACUACUUGCGAUGACAGCGAUUACACAUCAAGUAGCGAUGACGACGAGUCACGUGCGGUCACACCACUCAUCGACGACACAAAUAUUUUUUUGGCAGAAGUAAUGGAUACACUGGAACGUGGUUUCCAAGGGAUGUCCAAUCCAGAUUAUCUAAUUCUGGAAAUCAACUCAUCUCGGUACGCAUACAAUAUAUCGCUAAAAGAAGUGAAUUUCUAUGUGGCAAAAGCGAUAUUCAGUCUGAGAGUUAUUAAAGAGCCGCCAAAUCAAAACGUUCUUCUGACCAUCAACAAAGUACUGAAGUGUUUGGGGCCUGUCAUGUCGAAUUAUAUAAAGACGGAAAGCGCUAUGUUAGAAUGCCUCAAGGCACUAGAAGACGUCUAUGAGGAAAACAAAUAUGUGCAUAGCAAAAUUUCAAAAGUGGUACACUACUUAUAUGACAAGGAUUUCAUAACCGAAAAUGCUAUAAUGGCAUGGUAUGCCCAACUCGAUGCUGACGAACACCGUGCUUUGCGGCAGAGUCUAAAAGAGCUUGUCGAAUGGCUCAAUCAAUCCAGCGAAGAGGAGGAGGGCGAUGAUGAUGAUGACGAAAGUGAUUAGAACACUAUUUAGUUGUUAAGGAAUUUAUUUAAGUUUAUAAAUAAGGAAUAUUUCAAUACGCAAAAUAACCCAUAAAAACAACAAUAAACUG